CCUCGGAGAAGCUCACGUAUCUGUGAAGUAUUUUUAGGUUUGGCAGGGCGAAGCAAAAAACCCAAUCGCUGCUUUCACAAUGUGACACCAGGAGCACAACGUUAAACUCUGGACAGCCUUGCUGUUACCAGGAUGCGCUGAUAAAUCUUCAAGCACAAUUAAAAUUUCACCUUUUGAGGAUGACUGGCACCUGCGAGUAGAUACACCAUGCCUCACUGCAUUCUGCAGCUCUCGCAGAAAACAGGCGCCGCGUCAAGCUAUUUACAGAUAAUGCUGAGCAAGAGAAAGCUCCCACAGCUGAACUGACACCAACAGAGCGACCCGUUCGCCUGUAACGCACUUCUGAUUAAUGCAACCUGCAACAAAAAUGGAAACGAUGGAAAUAAUGGAUCCAGAGAGCCAGAUGACCGCACUGCUGGACGACUCUCUGGCUGAAGAACAGCUGAACGAUGAAGAGGAGGAUCUGAGCAACAGCUUGAGAGAGGUGGUCCAGGACGGAGCGGUCAAGCCGAAGCUCCACUGCCUGAUGAUGGAUCCGUCCUUCUCCAUGGUCACGGUCCAGAGCGAGGACAGCGGGAUCGUUUGGGAAACUGCUUCCAGCCGCUGCUCCACACCUUGGGCUUCCGAGCUCAAUGAACCCGGAUACAGCUGCUGCGGCUCCGGAGCGGCCGGAAGGAUCCUCUUCAUUAUGGACGAAGAACUGAUGAGCAGAAGGAAGAGGAAGCCCAAGUCUGAGAAACCAAAGAUGCUCCCUCAGGUCAGUCACGAGAUCCUCGCUGAAGCCGAGAGACCGGCCAUGGUGGAAGUGUCCCGGCCCAAUGUGACUCCAGAAGAAGGGACAGAGGAGCACAAAACAGCUGAUCAGAGAGAAAAGAACCAGCGUUUGUUCAGUCUCAUCUCUGAAGGAUCGGAGAUACUAAACAUCAUCGCUCCACCGAGAGUCUUCACCGUGGAUGAAGAGGAGAGCAGAGGUCUGGAAGAUAACUUGUAUUACCUCGAGGAGACGCCUGCUGUGAGAUCCCCAGAGAUCCUGGAUGAACCUGAGCUGGACAUUUACACUGAUUCUGUAGAGACGGAGAAGAGCGUUUCAGUGAUACCAGAGCCAGGUGUCCAGAUGCCGUUUCUGCCCAUCCAAGUGUCCCGAAGAGGACAGACAGCUGAAGACUACUUUGAGAAGUUCACGCUCCUUGACCAUCAAGCUCCAUCCGGAGCAGCACCAGCAGAAGAAGCCCAGCAGGAAACAGAGGACAGGUUCACGGAAGAAGAUGAUAAAGCAGUUGGUCCUGAAGCGGAAACAAGACUUUCUGGAGUCUCCUCGGCUGUGAGUAUGCUGGACAUUUCUGCCGAACACUUGGACGAUGUGUUUUACGGCGGAGGGAGUGAGCCGCCUUCUGCUGCGAGUGUUUGUGGAAAGGAAAGACAGUUUUCCAAAUCCUCUCUGAAGGAAAGCGGAAGCGUCUUGUUUGGGAGCGAGGAGUCGGUCCUCACUCCCAUAUACCUUCCUGAAGGUCCUCCGAAGAUCAUUGACCCCAACCUGCUGGAGGAGCCCAAAGCCUUGGCGUUUCUCUACUCGGACCUGUACGCAGACGCCGUCGGAACCAGAAGGAAGCAGGACGAUGACGUGGAGAGCGUGACCUCGGAGAAAUCCUUCCACAGUCAAGCGUCUGACUCCGAGGACAGAGGAUAUCUGGAGAAGUUUGUGCUCAGGGCGGAGACUCUGGGAGAAGUCGUUCCUGAGAUACGUCCUGAAGAACCGCAUGAUCCUUUCAGACUCGCCGGAUACGAGAUACACCACAAAGAAGAAGAAGUGGACACUCAGACAGAAGAGCAUGAAGAGAUCACGGAUUUCUUUAGGAACAGUGCGUCUUCAUCGCCCUGUGAACCUGACGACUUCCUGCAGCUGGAGGAAGAGGAAAAGAUCGAAGCCGUCAGGACGCCUCGGGUCACUUUCAAAGACGAAACGCCAAAGAAUAAGACAGAACAACAGGGGAGCGAUCAUCUAGCGUUGGCUGACGACACAGACUUUUCAGAUGAGUUCUUACCAGUUGAAUUGAGCGAGGAUUGUCCGGCGUGGGAGGAAAACUUGCAGACGGUUGUCAGAGCUGCGGGAAAACCAACUUCAACACACACAAAUGAGCUAAAACCAAAACCAAAGUCAGUAAGCGAUAAAAGCUCUCCAGCACCAACCCAAGCCCAAAACACAGCCAGACCCAUGAUUCCACGCCACAAACCCUUCCUGGAUCUGAGUCCUCUGCUGCCUGUCCAGACCGAGGACGAGACACACACACCAGAAAAAGAGAACACCAGCUCUGACGCCUCAUUCAGCACCGAAGCAGCGGUCAGCAACCAGCACUGUCCGAUCCCCAAACACCCUCCUGACGUGACGGACUCCAGAAGAGAGAGCCGUGAUGAUAGAAAUCCCACAAAUCUGCUGCACGAGGAGAGAGCUGAAGCUCAUUUGAGCCUCGCUGAUUCGCUGGCUUGACCACCACUGAUCCGUCAGCAUCUGCGUCCGUCUUUCAACAAAACAGAACAUUAUCAGGAGUCUCUGUCCGUCGUGAUGCCUCUGAGAUUCACCUGGAGAAACAGAUAAAGAUGUAGACAGUUCCUGUACAGUAUACUGCUGUAGAAGACAAAUGAACUGUGUUUGUGAGUGUAUGCACAGAUUAUCAUCAGCUGAAAACAAGUUAAUGACUUUAAGAAGGUAUAAUGUAUAAUAACCUGUGCUUAAAUGAUGUACAUAUGGUUAUAAUAGUCACUUCUCAAAGUAAAACCAUGCAGCCCAGGCUUCAGCAUAUGUACGUGCAAAUCAGAUCAGUCACAAACACAUGUAAACAUUUGUCAAUACAAUGAAUAAAGUAUCAAUUAUUUACUGUUGAAA